CUGGCUGACGAGCUGCUGGCAGACCUGGAGGAGGCCGCGGGGGAGGAGGACGAGGCCGAAGGCUCCGAGGGGGGGGAGGAGCCCCCGAUCGAGGACGUGCGGGAGGAGCCGGAGCCGCCCGAGGCCGCCGAGUCCGUCAGGAGCAUCGCCAAACUCUGGGGCUCCAAGGCUGUGAGACACCCCAAAAACACCCCAAAAAUAUCCCAAAAAUAUCCCAAAAAUAUCCCUAUUGUGCAGGAAUUGGGCAAUUCCCUGGACAAAUGCAAGAACAACGAGAACGUUCAGCAGAUCCUGACCAACGCCACCAUCAUGGUGGUCAGCGUGACGGCCUCCACCACGCAGGGGUCGGCACUGGGGGGGCUUUGGGGGGGAUUUUGGGGUUUUUCUAGGGAUUUUUUGGAGAUUUUUGGGGGUUUUUUGGGUUUUGGGGGUUUUUUUGAGUCCAGGAUGUCGCUGAUCGCCCCCAACCUCUCCCUCAUCCUCGGCGCCUCCACGGCUGCCAAAAUCAUGGGCGUGGCAGGAGGCCUCACCCCUCUCUCCAAGCUGCCGGCCUGUAACAUCCUCCUGCUGGGCGCCCAGCGCCGAACGCUCUCGGGCUUCUCCUCCACGUCCGUCCUGCCCCACACCGGCUUCAUCUACCACAGCGACAUCGUGCAGUCCCUGCCCCCGGAUUUGCGGCGGAAGGCGGCGCGGUUGGUGGCGGCCAAGUGCACGCUGGCGGCGAGGGUGGACAGCUUCCACGAGAGCCACGACGGCAAGGUGGGCUACGAGCUGAAGGAGGAGAUCGAGCGCAAGUUCGACAAGUGGCAGGAGCCGCCCCCGGUCAAGCAGGUGAAGCCGCUGCCGGCGCCGCUGGACGGGCAGAGGAAGAAAAGAGGGGGCAGGCGGUGGGUUAAUUAG